AUGAAUUCUUCUAUUGAUGAUAAAAUUAUCUAUCAAAAUACAAUAGAUAAUAAUUCUUCUAAUAUUAAUCCACCAACUAAAUCACGUCGUGGUCGUAAACGUAUCACAGAUCCAAUACUAGCAACAGAAUUAAAAUAUCAUCGUCGUUCACGUGCUAAUGAUCGUGAACGUACAAGAAUGCGUUCACUCAAUGAAGCACUUGAACAUUUACGUACAUUAUUACCAAUUGAUACAUCAUCUUAUUAUACUUCAAAUAAUUCAACAAAUCCUGUUCCUAUUGUAGAAGAUAAAUUAACAAAAAUUGAAACACUUCGAACAGCUUCUGCAUAUAUUCGUUUAUUAACUGAUUUACUUGCAGAUGAUAAUAAAAGUUCACCAACGUCAAAUUCAUACUCAUACAAUAUGUCUAAUCAACAACAACAACAAGUAUAUCAACAUUCAUCUUAUUUUUCCUAUGCACCAUCUUAUUCUUAUUAUAAUCCUUAUUGUUAA